AGUUUUCUUAUUUGUAAAAUGAGUAUAAUAGUAUGAUCCUCACAGGUUUGUGGGAGUAAUUGAGAUGAUGUUUGCACCUAGCCAUGUGCCUAACACAGAAAAGGUUCUCGGUAAAAUCUACUUGUUACACCCAGAUGUCUCUCUCCCUAUUCAGGACUGGUGGUCAUUGUUGUGAAGAAAGGAAUUUUCUUCUUAUUCAGCUUGGCUUAUAUCUGAUGCUGCUUUUCUCCACAAACUCCAGGUCUAGCCACCUUUACAGGCCCAGAUUUCUCUACAACCAUGGGAUGCGGGGCUUUCUGUCUGUAGUGGGUCCUCCCCGAGCUGUAUCAGGCCUCUGAAUGCUCUGAGUUGGUAAACAGCACAAGCCUUGCUUUUAAGUGACGAAGAACAACUAACCAACUGCAGGACUGACUGCUCCCCUCACAUACUGGGCCAGCCGCUCUGUUCACAGGAAAGCCUGUAGUUGUUUGCAGACAGACAAGCUUUGGGAUUUGGUUCUAUUUUCUUGCCUAGUGUAGAUGUUAGAAUUGCCCUCUUAGUUGAUCAUCCUGUUUAAUUGGUGUCCUUUGCCAGUGUCCUGAACACGAGCAGAAAACUAUAGCCAUCUGGCAAGGGAGACAGAGAGAUCAGACUUUGUCCCCCUCCACCCUUUACACACACACACACACACACACACACACACACACAUAUACACACACAUACACACACACAUAUAUCCACACACAUACACACACACACACACACACACAUGGUGAUACAAAUACCUAUUUGAGCUGCUCAGUUAUUGUCUCUCAGGAGCUGGAAGCAGCCGUAUGGGAUGAAGGAGGGACCUGGAGAAGCAGAUCUUUUAAGGAAGAAGACAGAUUCUGUUCUGUCAGGUUCCUCUGAGUGUGUGUACGAGCAAGUCAGAGAGGAGAGAGAGAGGAAAAGGCAGAGGGAGAGAGGGGGAGAGGGGAUCUGUUGCAGGCAGGGGAAGGCGUGACCUGAAUGGAGAAUGCCAGCCAAUUCCAGAGACACACAGGGACCUCAGAACAAAGAUAAGGCAUCGCUGACACCACACCGGGGACGAGCUCGCAGACAAGUCAGGCCGGGGGGACCAGGCAGCCAGGAGCACCCAAGGCAGGAAAAUGAGGUGGCUCCUUCUCUCUCAUGCUCUGUGCUUCUCCUUGUUGAAGGCUUUGGCCCACAUAGUGGAGCUUAACAAUAUGUUUGGCCAGAUUCAGUCGCCUGGCUAUCCAGACUCUUAUCCCAGUGAUUCAGAGGUGACGUGGAAUAUCACUGUCCCAGAGGGAUUUCGGAUCAAGCUUUACUUCAUGCACUUCAACUUGGAAUCCUCUUACCUUUGUGAAUACGACUAUGUGAAGGUAGAAACUGAGGAGCAGGUGCUGGCAACCUUCUGUGGCAGGGAGACCACAGACACAGAACAGACCCCUGGCCAGGAAGUGGUCCUCUCCCCUGGCUCCUUCAUGUCUAUCACUUUCCGUUCAGAUUUCUCCAACGAGGAGCGAUUCACAGGCUUUGAGGCCCACUACAUGGCUGUGGAUGUGGACGAGUGCAUGGAGCGGGAAGACGAGGAGCUGUCCUGUGACCACUACUGCCAUAACUACAUCGGCGGCUACUACUGCUCCUGCCGCUUCGGCUACAUCCUCCACACAGACAACAGGACCUGCCGAGUGGAGUGCAGUGACAACCUCUUCACGCAGAGGACUGGCGUGAUCACCAGCCCCGACUUCCCCAGCCCUUACCCUAAGAGCUCCGAAUGCGUCUACACCAUUGAGCUGGAGGAGGGUUUCAUGAUCACUCUGCAGUUUGAGGACAUUUUCGACAUUGAGGACCAUCCUGAGGUGUCCUGCCCCUAUGACUACAUCAAGAUUAAAACCGGUCCAAAAGUUCUGGGGCCCUUCUGUGGAGAGAAAGCCCCAGAACCCAUCAAUACCCAGAGCCACAGCGUUCAGAUCCUGUUCCGCAGUGACAACUCAGGCGAGAACCGGGGCUGGAGGCUGUUGUACAGGGCAACAGGGAAUGAGUGCCCCAAGCUGCAGCCUCCUGUCCAUGGGAAUAUCGAGCCCUUGCAAGCCAAGUACUUUUUCAAAGACCAGGUGCUCAUCAGCUGUGACACAGGCCACAAAGUGCUGAAGGAUAAUGUGGAGAUGGACACGUUCCAGAUCGAGUGUCUGAAGGAUGGGACGUGGAGUAACAAGAUUCCCACCUGUAAAAUUGUGGACUGUGGAGCCCCGGCAGAGCUGGAAAACGGACUGGUCACAUUUUCCACCAGAAACAACCUUACCACAUACAAAUCUGAGAUCAGAUACUCCUGCCAGCAGCCCUACUACAAGAUGCUGCACAGUAUCACAGAUGUAUAUACGUGUUCUGCCCAAGGAGUCUGGAUGAAUGAAGUCCUGGGGAGAAGCCAGCCCACCUGCCUGCCAGCGUGUGGCCAGCCCUCGCGCUCCCUGCCAAACCUGGUCAAGCGGAUCAUCGGGGGCCGGAAUGCUGAGCCCGGCCUCUUCCCGUGGCAGGCCCUGAUCGUGGUGGAGGACACCUCAAGGGUGCCCAAUGACAAGUGGUUUGGGAGCGGGGCCCUGCUCUCUGAGUCCUGGAUCCUCACGGCAGCCCACGUGCUGCGCUCCCAGCGCAGAGACAACACGGUGACACCGGUCUCCAAGGAGCACGUCACCGUCUACCUGGGCCUGCAUGACGUGCGGGACAAAUCGGGGGCUGUCAACAGCUCGGCCGCCCGAGUGGUGCUCCACCCAGACUUCGACAUCCAGAACUACAACCACGACAUCGCUCUGGUGCAGCUGCGGGAGCCCGUGCCCCUGGGGCCUCAUAUCAUGCCCGUCUGCCUGCCGCGACCCGAGCCCGAAGGCCCAGCGCCCCACAUGCUGGGGCUGGUAGCUGGUUGGGGCAUCUCCAAUCCUAACGUGACGGUGGACGAGAUCAUCAGCAGUGGCACGCGGACCUUGUCAGACGUCCUGCAGUACGUCAAGUUACCCGUGGUGCCGCACGCCGAGUGCAAGACUAGCUACGAGUCCCGGUCAGGCAACUACAGCGUCACAGAGAACAUGUUCUGUGCCGGCUACUACGAGGGUGGCAAGGACACGUGCCUGGGGGACAGCGGCGGCGCCUUUGUCAUCCUCGACGACUCGAGCCAGCGCUGGGUGGCCCAAGGCCUGGUGUCCUGGGGGGGCCCCGAAGAAUGUGGCAGCAAGCAGGUGUAUGGGGUCUACACCAAGGUCUCCAACUACGUGGACUGGGUGUGGGAGCAGAUAGGCUCCCCGCGGGGCCUGGGGGAGCUCCAGGUGGAGCGGUGAGCUGCGUUACGUCCUCGGGGCGCCUGCCCUGGCCAGCCCGAGUGAGGCUGCACCACACACUCCCAAAGACGGCACACUCCAUGUUACUCACGUGACCAGUGGGAUGGACCACGCUGCUCCCACCCUCCCAAGACAGCCCCUGGGACCCUGAGAGGCAGCAGUGUGGUACAGGUAAAAGGCCCUACACAGGAGGCCUGGGUCUCUGGCCCUGGGCGAGUCCCCUCCCCUCUCCAGGCCUCCUUCUCCCCGCAGUACAGUGAGGGAGCUAGACUGGGGCCAGUACCCCCCACUCCUCUCCCGAGUACUCACCCCAGGGGCCUCGUUCACUGCUAGUUAUUUGUCAAACCCAGUGGCCCUGCUCUCACUCUUGGCGUAACUGAGCUUGGACCUGACUGUUAGAAAAUGUUUCCUUGCCGUGAGCUAAGUCCUUGUGUUCUCCCAGCUUUGCCCUCUGGGUACAUUCUGGCCGAAAACUCCUCAGGUUUGGGGAGACAGGGAUGACAGCCUGAGGCCCCUCUCUCCGAGUGUAAUGCCUUGUAGUACUUUUGUCCCUGGGUUUUCUCUCCCAAAACCUCUUGCAGUCCAAGCCUUAUCCCUUCUGUUCCCUGUUAAAGGAAUUUCAAGGACAAAGAGAAAGUUGGGAAGCUCUGUGGUGACUGGGGGGAGGAGGAGAGCAGUGGGAGGCUCCCCAAGCCCGUUAAAUUCCCACCAACCACUCAGAGCACAUCAUUUGGACCCACACGUCACUCCCGAAUACCAGCUGACCACACGGGUGUCCACACCCGGCACUCCAGACGAGCACGAAGCAACCUUCCAGCCUUGAACUGUGUCAUCUGAAAAGCCUCAGCCUCAACUGGACUGUUUGGAGAGAGAGAAGGCUCACACCAUGCUCCGCUGUGCCUCUGGACAGGGAAACAGAAGAAGGAGGGCUCAGGGCAUAGGAGUGACCCAGUGCCACCAGACUGCCCGGCGUGUCUGUGGUCUGAGCUCUACAGAGAACACACCCAGCGUGGGUGUUGAGAGGGAUCCAGUCCUCCAGCUUCCAGAGAAGCAGGGACUUGCCCGUGAAAGACAGUGAGAAGAGAGGGAGAGCCCAGAGUCCUGGGUUCUAGCCCCAGCUCUGCCCCCAGCUGGGCCUCAGUUUCCCCAUCUGUAAAAGGAAGGCAUCAGAUCCCCCUCAGGGUCCUUCCAGCUCCAGCGUUCGGUGCUUCCAAUGCCAGCAGUCUCUCCCUGGCCCUCACAGGGCUGAUCAUCUUCCUUCUCCCCAGGCUCGCUCUCCUGGGGACUCUCCAUCAGAGAAAGAAGAAGCCCUGAGAGGGAUUCCAAGAGAGCAGUUGGGAAGCAUCCGCUUUUCCAGUCGGGUCCUGGGAGCAUACUCCCAUGUGUAUGAACAGUGCAUGUAGAGGAUACUAUAUUUUGUUUACUUUAUAUCACAAGCUUCACUCCUCUGUAAGUUUCCUCUGCACUCCGUUUCUCCCAUCAGGGGACUAAAGUGGAAAUAAACCCUCUGUGGAUAACCAACAGCCUUUGUUUUGGGG